AUGGCACAAGGCGAGCGUUUAACCCUGCACGAGCGUGGGUCGAUCCUUGCCUUUCGCAAGGCAAAAUGGACCAUUCGGAAGAGUGCCGCCGAGCUCUUCUUGUCAAAGGGAGCCGUCGCCAACUUCAUCAAGAACUCCGACACCUACGGAACGAAGCCCAUUCCAGGACGGCCUCUCAAACUGGCAGCGCGUGACGUUCGUCGUGUGCUCCGAGAAGCAUCAGAAGGAAGGAGCAGCUCGUCCAAGAUCCAACACGACCUUCAACGCGACGUCACGGCGCGGAUAUUGCGUCGAGUGCUUCAGCGCUCCAAGCGCUUUAUAUACAAGAAGAGAAAGACCACCUCGCGUCUGACCAAGGUCCACAAACAAGCCCGAGUCGACUGGGCCAAGGAGCAUGUCGUCCAAGGGCCGCACGUCACUCGCAAGACUCACACCAACCAAGAAGGACCUACAGGAGCAACUACGACAAAUGCAGCAAUCAAUGGACCAACUACCACCGAAGCAGGCAACGAGUUGUUAGCCCCCACGUCGUUCGAUCGUGUCGCCGUGGCCACAAUCGUGUACAGCGAUGAUAUGGUUGUCGUGUUACUCGAGCUUUGCAUUGGGCGAUUCCGCGAUGCAUUUACCAAGUGCAGCUCCAACCAGAAACGAAGCAGCUUGUGGGAACAGCUGCGACUUCAAUUCAACAUCGUUGUGGGGGGCGAUAACGCCACAACGACAACGUCCCUCAAGAACAAGGAGCGUGGCUCUCAAGAUUUAGUCGACGUGACCACUGACGAGAUGACAGGGCCACUGGGCCAAGUGCUCUGA